AUGGAUACAAGUAUUUAUACAAUUUUGCAAUCUACAGAAUUUCGAGAUGGAGGUGAAGUUGCAAUUUUAGAGGGAGAUGGCCACUAUUAUGUUUUGUUAACUAUGGCCGUUGUGAUUCCAAUUGUCGUGCUCUUGGAGGUGUCGCGUAAGAAGCGUGGGAUAGAUCCGUGGGGGUGUCGCCUGUUUGAUCUUUCACUUUUAAAACUGGGGUAA